CUCGACUGCUGCAUCUACUCCUCCUGCUCCUCCUCCUGCUCCUCAUCCUCCUCCUCCCACUCCUUCUUCCUCCCCUCCAAUGCUGUAGAAUGUGACGCCAAUGCCAUCGCUUCACCUCUCCGCCUUCACAACUACAUCUCACAAUCAGGCAGACGCAAGUCGCAAGUAAUCCUGGGACUUCAGUUGACCGAGACAGCGAUGGCGUGGUGGGUGCAAGGAGCAACGGACGACGCAGAUCCUCCUCCUCCUCCUCCUCUUGCCCUCUUGUGCAUUGCCUUCCCCGCACCCAUUGCGGAGUCAGUGCUUGUAUAG